AUGUCGGGUCAACAUCGUAAUGUUAAGAGAUCAAGGACUAUUCAAGAUUUUUUUAAGAGAAACAAUGAUGAAUCAUCAACUAGCAUGCCUUCGGGUCCUUCUCUGUCUCCUCCAAUAUGUGAGGAGCAACCUCCUUCUCAACCUCAAAGAAUUGAAGAUGAAAACGUAAGAGUCGAGUCUCAUCAAGAAGUUAAUACCAAUUCUCUCGAGCGUGAUCCCGGAUUACGUCCUCAAAUAGACACAUAUCCACCUAAUGAACGUGAUAAUGUUCGAAGAGCAUAUAUUCUCUUAGGACCAUGUCAACCACAAUUAAAGGAAUUUCCAUCACACUUAGAAGGGAAACAAAAGCGUCGAUUUGUUGGUAGUUGGUAUAAGCAAUACCAUUGGCUUGAGUAUAGUGUUCAUAAAGACAAAGUGUUUUGCUUUCCAUGCUUUCUUUUUGACAUUGAUCACUUACAUAAGGCAUUCACUGUAGAGGGAUUUAGAAGUUGGAGAAGAGUUGGUGGAAAAGAGUGUGUUUUCCUUAUUCAUAUAGGCAAUAUAAAUUCACCACAUCAUUUUGCUAUGCAAAAGUGGAUGGAUUUAAAAAACCCGUCUCACCAUAUUGACAGAGUAGUGCAAACCCCACAAGAAGUUGCAAAAAACCGAUUGAGGCUUACAACCACAAUAGAGGCGAUUAGGUAUUUAGCAAAUCAAGGAAUGGCUUUUAGAGGUGAUGAUGAAUCUUAUGACUCCUUUAAUCGAGGCAAUUUCAUUGAGUUGGUGAAGGCUUUUGCAAGAAUGAAUGUAAACAUUGAAAAAGUUGUGUUACAAAGUGCUCCCUUGAAUGCCCAAUAUAUUUCAAAUAAGAUACAAAAGGAGAUCCUAAGUAUCUAUUCUACCAAAGUGAGAAAAAGGAUACGCGAUGAAAUUGGGGAAGAUGGGAAAUUUUGUAUUCUUGUUGAUGAAGCACUAGACGACUCUAAGAAGGAACAAAUGGCUAUUAUCAUAAGGUUUGUUGGUUGUGAUGGGCAUAUUCAAGAAAGGUUUUUUGAUAUUGUGAGUGUUCAUGAUACUAACUCCCCAACUCUUAAAAGUGAUAUUUGUAAAGUUCUUGGCAAGCAUAAUCUUUUAGUGAGCAAUAUGCGUGGUCAAGGAUAUGAUGGUGCUAGCAAUAUGCGUGGUGAAUGGAGUGGCUUACAAGCAUUAUUUCUCAAAGAUUGUCCAUAUGCAUAUUAUAUACACUGCUUUGCUCAUCGUCUUCAAUUAGCUUUAAAUGGUGCAGCUAAAGAGGUAGGACUCGUUUGGAGAUUUUUUUCAAUGUUGAAUAACAUUGUGAAUUUUGUUGGUGCUUCUGCCAAACCCACAAUCGUUCGAUUAGAAGUCGAAUUCAAACAGGCGCACCAGUAG